UCUGCGCGUGUAUUCGGCUGCCGUGUUGUUCGCGUGAGUUAUUGUUGUAGAGCUAUCAGGAUGAUAUUUUGACCACAUGCGUCAAUUUGUCAAGACGUCAGUUCCCCUACAGGCUCUAGCUGGCUAAACGCCUAAUAAUUAAUCAUAUAAAUUUGCCCUAUUACUCUGAGUAUGGAUGAAUCUAACCGAGCCUCUUCUUAUCUGGACGAGCCACCAAACAGUCGGCUGUUUCUCGUUACCAGUAAAUCCAUCACAGAGGAGAUUAUCAGGGAGCAUUUCGCCGCUUUCGGGGAGAUUCAGGACAUUUGGGUGGUGAAAGACAAGCAGACGAAAGAGUCGAAAGGAGUGUCGUUUGUGAAAUUCGCCAAAUCGUCGCAAGCCUGCACUGCGAUGGAGGAGAUGCACGGCAGAUGCCUGGCCGAAGGAACCAAGCCGAUAAAGGUCUUCAUCGCUCAGUCCAGGUCUUCUGGCAGUCACAGAGAUGUGGAGGACGAGGAGCUCACCAGAAUCUUUGUCAUGAUCCCAAAAGCCUUCACCGAGGAAGAUUUAAAAGACACAUUCAAGGCAUAUGGAGAUAUAGAGUAUGCUAUUAUUAUAAGGAAUAAGACCACAGGUGAAAGCAAAGGUCUGGGUUACGUGAGAUUCCACAAACCUUCACAAGCUGCCAAAGCCAUAGAAAACUGUGACAAGACUUUUAGAGCUAUUUUAGCUGAGCCCAGAACCAAAAAUGCAUCAGCAGACAAUGACUACGUCAGCAACCCCAGAUCGGAGCACUCUGGUAAUGAUCCAGGCUCUAACUCGUACAGCUUUGCACACGAGUCCAGCAGCUAUGCCUCGGGGGACACGUGGAGCUCUGACGUCAUCACGCGGUGCCUGCUGGUGUCGUCCCGGGUCGCGGUCACGCAGGAGCAGAUCUACGGUCUGUUUGACCUGAUCCCGGGGAUGGACUUCUGUGAGAUGCAGAGAGAUCAAUACGGCUUCAGCAAAGGUCAGGUGGUGGCGCGGUAUAAUAACCUGGGCUCUGCGGUUUAUGCUAAAGAGAAGCUGAAUGGGUUUGAGUAUCCGCCUGGUAACCGUCUCUCGGUAUCUUACAUAGACGAUGGGGAGGACAGGACGAGUCCCGUGGGGAAGAUGGCGAUGCAGCUUGUGGCCGCUCAGAUGAUGUCUAUGGUGUGGAACGGCCCUUCUGGGGCACAGCUAAUGAAGACUAGCGCGGGCUAUACAGCACCCCCUGUACCUCAGAAAGCACGUGUGCAGACAGAUGUAGCUCUGCCUCCUCUGAAGAAACUGGUGGCGUCUGACAGCGUGGUGAAGGAGCGGCUGUUUGUCAUCUUUAACCCCUCACCUCUGCCUGUGGAUGUGCUGGAGGACGUGUUCUGGUGUGUGUUUGUCUUCAUGAUUGAUUAACACACUGCCUCUGAUAGUG